AUGGGAAGGACGCGAGUGUGGGAAGGACGCGAGUGUGGGAAGGACGCGAGUGUGGGAAGGACGCGAGUGUGGGAAGGACGCGAGUGUGGGAAGGACGCGAGUGUGGGAAGGACGCGAGUGUGGGAAGGACGCGAGUGUGGGAAGGACGCGAGUGUGGGAAGGACGCGAGUGUGGGAAGGACGCGAGUGUGGGAAGGACGCGAGUGUGGGAAGGACGCGAGUGUGGGAAGGACGCGAGUGUGGGAAGGACGCGAGUGUGGGAAGGACGCGAGUGUGGGAAGGACGCGAGUGUGGGAAGGACGCGAGUGUGGGAAGGACGCGAGUGUGGGAAGGACGCGAGUGUGGGAAGGACGCGAGUGUGGGAAGGACGCGAGUGUGGGAAGGACGCGAGUGUGGGAAGGACGCGAGUGUGGGAAGGACGCGAGUGUGGGAAGGACGCGAGUGUGGGAAGGACGCGAGUGUGGGAAGGACGCGAGUGUGGGAAGGACGCGAGUGUGGGAAGGACGCGAGUGUGGGAAGGACGCGAGUGUGGGAAGGACGCGAGUGUGGGAAGGACGCGAGUGUGGGAAGGACGCGAGUGUGGGAAGGACGCGAGUGUGGGAAGGACGCGAGUGUGGGAAGGACGCGAGUGUGGGAAGGACGCGAGUGUGGGAAGGACGCGAGUGUGGGAAGGACGCGAGUGUGGGAAGGACGCGAGUGUGGGAAGGACGCGAGUGUGGGAAGGACGCGAGUGUGGGAAGGACGCGAGUGUGGGAAGGACGCGAGUGUGGGAAGGACGCGAGUGUGGGAAGGACGCGAGUGUGGGAAGGACGCGAGUGUGGGAAGGACGCGAGUGUGGGAAGGACGCGAGUGUGGGAAGGACGCGAGUGUGGGAAGGACGCGAGUGUGGGAAGGACGCGAGUGUGGGAAGGACGCGAGUGUGGGAAGGACGCGAGUGUGGGAAGGACGCGAGUGUGGGAAGGACGCGAGUGUGGGAAGGACGCGAGUGUGGGAAGGACGCGAGUGUGGGAAGGACGCGAGUGUGGGAAGGACGCGAGUGUGGGAAGGACGCGAGUGUGGGAAGGACGCGAGUGUGGGAAGGACGCGAGUGUGGGAAGGACGCGAGUGUGGGAAGGACGCGAGUGUGGGGAAAUCGCACAUAUAG